UUUUUUUUUUGUCAAAAGUACAAUGUUAAAACUGCUAACUCUUUUGGGACUUUUCGUCUUGAAUUCAUGUGUCAAUGCAGAUGAGUCAACUGUAAAGACUCCUAUAGAAAGUAAGAGAAGAUACGUGAAGAAUAUGAUUUAAAUUUUGACAUGUCUAAAUUCAUCCCGCGUUUUAUAAAUAUUUAUAUCUUUUAUAUAGUCUCGGCCGAUAAUAUGAUGGUUAGACCUUUUAAACUUAUGGAUUUCAAAAUGGAAAUUGUCUUGGUUUCUACUUUUAUUGCUUAUGUUUUUGCUUGGUAUAAAGGAAAGGCUUUAAAUAUGAGUAAAGCCAAAAACUGGUUAAAUGGUCAAAUUGAAUUCCUUCAAAGUCAAUUUGCACUUGUUGGGGAUAAAAAGACAAAUGAUAAAUCUAUCUUGAUGAUGGAUGGUCCUGCUGAUUACCUUUUAUACACUUCAGGUAGACGCCAUGUUCAAUUUGGUCAUUGGUGGCUUAAGUUGAAGCCUAGAAAUGACCCUUUGACUUUCUUUACUACAACCCUUCUUUCUAUGAUUGGUUAUGCUAAACCUGUAUCCGAUCGAGUUAGUUUGAAAUUACAUUUGGAUAAAGCUUUAUCAGAUAAAUUUGUAUUUGCUGUCAUCAAGAAGGACUUAUCGGAUGAAUUAUACAAGAAUAGAUUUGAUUUGAAACGUGUUGCUAAAAUCGCAUCAAGUAAAAUCAUUCCUGAAAAUCAAUUUAUCAUUUACUCUGAAACACAAAAGUUGGCUGAUUUAAUUUUGAAUUCCAAAGUGGGUGAAAUUAUUAAUCAAAAUUUAGAUCGACUUCAAUCAUUCAUUAUUUCUAGUUUACCUUCUGAAGAGCCUGAAAGAUUUGAAUCAGAUGGUUACAUUUCUCUUCAUCUCGAUUUUUUGAUGCCAGACACAUCUAAUGUUCUUGAUCCUUAUGUUAAACUUGCCUGUUUCAUUCCUGAUUUUGUUAGUCAAUUAAGAUUAACAUCAGAUAUUAAAUCUAAAAUCAACAAGAACCGUGAAGAAAUUGUAAAGGAAUUUUCCAAGAAAAUUGCUGCUGAUCGUGCAGAAGAAUUAGCCAAGAAAAAGGCAGAAGCAAAACGUGCAGAGGAAGAACGUAUUAAGAAAUUAAGUCCUGCUGAACAACGUAAAUGGGAAGAAAAAGAAAGACUUCGUAACUUGAAGAAGCAACAAAAGAAGAGAAGAAUUUAAAACAAAACAAAACAAAAAAAAAAUCAUAUUUCUUUUUUUUUUCUUUAUUAUACAUAAAAUAAUUAUUGGUUUCUUUUUUCUUUCUGCAUUUCCCAUACUGGCUUAUCUGAUGCUGCUACUUCACGCAUAAGAUUCAUCAUUUGUUCACCUUUUUCACGAUUUUCUGCUUUUCGUUCAUCAUAUUCUCUUCUUAAUGUUGGAUCAAGUCUCUUUUUCAUUGCUUCUUCAUCUGGUACAGUAUACUUCAUAAGACCAUAACCAGCAGCUAUGAUACCUGUCAUAUAUACAAGUACUUUUAUUUCAUUAGCCAUGUUAUAAUAAUAAUAAGAAUAAUAAUAAAAAGGUUAAUUAUAUAAAAAGCCCGGGGUGGGGUUCAU